AUGAUUGUUGCAGGUUUUACUGGCCAGCUUUGUAGCUGGUGGGAUAAUUAUUUAACUGCUGAUGAAAAGGCGAUGGUUAUUAAUGCUAUAGCCACUGACGAAGGAGUUGAUAACUUAGGCAUGACUCUAGUGAAAAAUAGAGAAGAUGUUGUUUACACCCUUGUUCUUACCAUAAUAGAACAUUUCAAUGGUAGAUUUACCAAUCAGAACGAGACUGUCCGUACUCUGCUAAAUGGCCUUAGAUGUAAGACCUUAAGCGAGUUUAGAUGGUAUAAAGAUACUUUUAUGAGUAGAGUAAUGGAAUUACCCGAAAAUAAACAGCUUAAGAUAGAUAAGCUUAAAGAGAAAUCCCAAUUAGGAGACUUUUGUACCCAGUUCGGAUUACCCGGUUUACCCGAGACUUCUACUCAUAAGAAGAAGAAACACAAAUAUCAUACGUACCCAAAUCCAGACAGUCCUUAUAAGAAAAAGAGAUCGAGAUAUAGAUCCAAAGAAGAGCGUGAUGCUAAGAAAGCCCAUCGCAAGUGUACUAGAUUUACGAAAAAUAGGUCCAAGCGAGAUCUUGCUGAUAUUAAGUGUUAUAAAUGUGGAAAAUUUGGCCAUAUAGCUCCAAAUUAUAAGCUUCAAAAGCUGAAAACCUUAGAACUAGACAAUGAGUUACGUGAUAAGGUCUAUGGUUUGUUAUACACUUCUAGAUCAAAAUCUGAUUAUUAUUCUGAGUCAGAAUCAGAAGCUGAAACCGAUUUACUUGAUUUAUCUGAUAGUGAUAAAAAUAUUGAUAAUACUUAUACAGCUUGCAAAGAACUUUUAAAAGAAGUAACUGAUGAUGAACUUCGUGAAAAAAUUAUUAAUUUGGCUGCAAGUUCAAGUUCUAGUUCUUCAAAACCUUUUGAAAAACAAAAGAACGAAUUUGAAUAUUCUGCGCCUUACUCUUUGUCAGAAAUUAAUAACCGGCUUAAUAAUAAAAUUGCACCAACCAGGGAUGCUUCUUUCGAUGAUUUAAAAAUUGAAAUUGAAAGUCUAAAAAUGGAGAUUAAAUCUCUUAAACAAAAUCAAAUGAUUUUUGAUCACAGGAUUACUCAGAUAGAGAAAAAUAGUUCUGUAACUGAGUUUUCUAAUGAUAAAAACAAAG